AUGUUUAAUAGAUCACCAAGGCCUGGCGCAACCAAGGUAGCAGUUUGUAUCACUGAUGGCUUGUCUGUCAGUCCUAAUUAUACAAAAAUUGAAUCAAUGAGGGCACACGAGGAAGGAAUACAAAUGUUUGCCUUAGGUAUUGGUCAACACGUAUUUAAAACAGAGUUAGUGUUUAUUGCCAGCCAACUGGAUUAUGUGAAAGAGGUGCCAGACUAUAGCGCAUUACCCACAAAUCUAGCAACGGAGAUAUGUAACUUAAAUGUUGGAACAACAACAACAACUUAUAAAAGUACUACAUCCGAAGAUUUAGCAAUAGACAGAAUAGAUGGAACUCAGAUUAAUGAUAGAGUCGGUACUUCUACGACAAGUAACAUUGUUAUUAAUGAUGUUUGCAGUUUAAAACCAGAUCCUAACGAUCCCACACUUUAUCUGGAACAUGUUACCGGUCACGGCACCAUAACCAGACAUUGUGCUCCAGGUACGGCAUUCCAACAAUCUAGUUGCAGUUGUUCAACUUUAGUCCAAACAGACAGUUCCAACAAUAAUAAAAAUCAAACUAUAGAUGCCACGACAACACCUAAAACACAGUCAUGUACAACAAAUCUUUACCUGACUUUCAAUAAAAGUCCUGAUGAUCCAAAUGGUAUGAUGGAUAGAUCAGGGAUGUCGACCCCUAUGAGUUGUCAUAAUAUAAAUAUAACAGAUAGUCCAGAUGGGAAGGCAGUGUUUGGAUACCAGGACUGUUUCAUAUACUUGUGGAGAUUUGCCAGUAUAGACUUCAGGUAA